GGACAGCGGGCGCCCGACGGUGAGAGCGCAGGGAGCCGAAGCGGGGACGGCCGCACAGAGCACCAUGCGGGCACCGCUGCUGCUGCCGCUGCUCCCGCUGCUGCUGCACGGUGUCAGUUCUAAGGAUAAUGAUACUGCUACAAAUCUGGUCACAGCGAGCCCAGAAGAAAGUAAACAGAUCACCACUGUUACAGUCACCACCAGCAAGGUGCAAGAGAGCAAUUCUGCAAGUGAACCAAAAGGCACAUCUCCCACCACUGCGAUGUCCUCCACCACAGUUCAAGAGGCAGCCACUGCAAGCAAACCACAUAACUCUUCAGCACCAUCCGUCCCACCAUCAUCAAUCACUGCCACCCAGAGGAUCAGCACUACAAGCCCACAGGAAAACACACCAUCCACUCCUGCAUUGAUACACACCUCAGUUCAAACCACCAAGACCACAGACAGACCAGAUGACCCAUCACAUGCCUCAGUGGCAUCAACCAACGCAUCUCAGCAGGUCAGCUCUUCAGCCAGCCCCACAGCCCCAACAGCCACCUCUUCUGCCUCCUCCAGUGCUACACAGCAGAAGACGAGACCUCCAGACAGCUCAGAAAGCUUACUCACCAAACCCAGUGCAAGUCCUACUUCCACUCAAGUGACCAACCCUUCAUCUGUCCCAGUAGUCUUAAUGACUGCUGUCUCAGCAUCUCCACACACAGCAGGCAGUGAAAGCUCUGCUGUGGACCAGUUGAGCAGCACUGUGUCGAGCUCUGGAGUCUUAGCAAGCAGCCUUGUAGUCAAGGACCACAGUGUCCCUCCUACUACAUCUGCUACCAACCAGCAUCAGCCUUCUCCCACUUCUCCAGUCCAGAAAUGUGAACUUACCCCUCAUACUGGAUCCGUGUCCUCUACCAGCAGUAAAACAUCUCUGUCUUCACCAUCUGGUACCACAAAGAAGGCCACAGUCAAAACCGCCAUGACAAUUCCUACAGCAGACCCAGCAUACACAAGCCAAGGAGACAGAUCUGUGACACACAAACCUGGAGUUACUGCUCAGAGCCCCACCAGUGCACCACCACCAGCACCAACCCUUGGAGGCCAGAUGGAGAGCAAGAGGCCUGACCAGUCACACCUGAAUGUGUCUCUCCAAAAUGAGGUGAUUUGUGAAGACCAAAUACAAGAGAUGUGGCCCAUCAUGAAUCUGAAAGAAGCAAAAACUUGUGACGACUGGAAGAAUGCCAGUGCCAAUGAGUUCUUCUUCGAGUUCUUCUGCUCAGGCAGGCAGCACGCAUUCGACAGCAAGAGGGACAGGUGCACGGUGACACUGGCCUCCUCCGAUCCUCAGCGCUGGGCUGUGCACGCCACUGUGCAUCGCUUUCUGGACCCUGAAGCAGUCUUUGAAGACCUGAAAGAAAAGAGGAAUGAGUUACAGAAGCUUGGCAUCACCAACGUCACCUACCUCAACCAGGAGAUGGAGGAGGAGAUCAAGGAUCAGUUCAGCACGCCCCUCAUUAUCACCAUUAUCACCCUGGCUGGCUCCCUGCUGCUCGUCGCAGCCAUCUACGGCUGCUGUCACCAACGUUUCUCCCAAAAGAAGAGCCAGCACAUCCACCCUGAUCUCCCCGGGUUUGAUGAUGGACGUGCCAUCCUGAUCUUUAAUCAGCGCCUGACAGAGGAGCUACAGACAAUGGAGAAUGGCUACCAUGAUAACCCCACACUGGAGGUGAUGGAAACGGGCUCUGAAAUGCAGGAGAAGAAGGUGAACCUUAAUGGGGAGUUGGGGGACAGCUGGAUCGUUCCUCUUGACACCAUCAUGAAAGAGGACCUAGAGGAAGAGGAGGACACGCAUUUAUAGGGUGCAGUAUUUGAGCAAGCAAAAAACAACCCCCUGAAACACCUAAUCCCUUUCCCUAAAAAAGCAGAAAACAAACAUGACCCUCCCAUACACAUACACAACUCCAAAAGAAGGCAGAAUUUCCGACAAACCCCAGAAGACCCCUUGUGAGUAAUCACAGUCACCACAUGGGGUGAAGGAUGGAAGAGAAGGACAUGAGAAGACACCUCCAUGGCACAUCACCAACACAACACAGUGGCCACAUCCAUUCCAGCAGCUCUGUCACCCAUGGGUGCUCCUGGGGACCUGUCCAGCAGAUUGGCCAAUCCUAGCAGGGAUGGCUUUGCUGCUCUGCUGUCUCCAAACAGGGAUGCUUGAGGCUUUCUAGCAGCAGGGAUGCUGUAUCCCCUCCCAUUUCCUACCUGAGUGCAUACUCCAGCUUCCAAGUGACUCAAAAAGUAAAAUGAAAUGUAAUUAGGAUGGGAGAGGGAGCACAGCUCCUGAUAGCGAGCUGGCACCUGGCAGCUAGAGCUAGAAAAAUCCUCUGGCCCAUGCUGUUUAUUCAUCAUCCUCCUCCCCUACAGCUCCCUUGCAAAACACCCUGGGACUGAGCAGAAAGAGCUGGAACACUCCAUUUCCUCCUUUCUCAUCCACUUUCCAUACUCACCCAACUGCUGUUUAAAAAUGCACACUGGCCACACCUUGUGGCAUAAGCAAAUGCAUGCAUCCAGGCAUGGCUGGACUGGGGGUGUUGAGGCCAAAUCCCACACUGCCUUUAUCAGCCCCACAAAGGGCUGGGGCAGGUUCUGGUUACAGACCAGGAGAGGUGAAGGGAAUAGUGCAGCACCUUCCAAUGAGAGGGAGAGGACAAGGUGCCAAUCCUUGAUUUUGUAUCUCCAAGGAAGUGUUUAAUGAGACAAAGACCAACAAAAUGCUGUUGGUGGUUUUGGCUGUAAAGGAGCCCAGCUGUAACACAGACCAGUUCUAUGGUUGCAUUUACCUUUAGAAGCAUCUGAUCACCUUCCAGUAGUGCUGCAGCACACCCGUUUUCUCCUGAGGCGGAUGCUGAUGUGUACAGUGAUGUUUUGUUCUGGCAGGGAAUUCUGUGGUCAUGUUCUCCUAACUACAGAAAUGAUACAAGAGCAGCAGAGGUGUGAGCCAGGUAGCUUGGCUGCAGUCAGAGUUUUCCAUCCGUUCAGCCCUUGGUGUUUCCUCUCCAUGAGGUUUGUGACCUCAUCCUGAAGGUUUUCUUCUUCAGAAGUACUUAAAAUAGCAGGGAUCUGUGAAGAAGCCUCCAGCAAGGCUCUUACUGAACUUUGGUCUCCUGUCAAGGUCUCCCUUUGUGGUAAAUCUUCAAAGGGGAAAAAAAAUAGGAGCAGAAAAUGGCUGGACUAAGGCUAUUUGUGGUUUUCCCCUUCCUGCCACAGUUCCUCAGUGGCUCUAGAAGGAGAGUUUCACAGCAGGCAAUCUGGCGUGGAAGGGACCUGAAGUCCCUUGGAUGAGGGCAUCUCCUGGAUCUCAUGCAUCAUCACAGCACGCUGAGGUUGGAACAAACCUCUUGGUCCAUCUGGUCUAAUCCCUGCACCAGCAGGGACACCCAGAGCUCUGCCUAGGACCACAUCCAGGUGGGUUUGAAGAUCUUCAAGGAGGGAGAAAUGCUGACAUUGAGGUGCUGUGCAGCAAAUCCGCAGUGGUCCUGGUGAGACAGAGGAGCUCCAGGUCAAUGCAAUGGAGGAGCCAUUCCCAAGGCUGUCCCAGAAGAUGGGUAAAGAUAAAGAGGUGAGGAGAAAUGACAACAUUGGCAAAAAACUGCUCUAGUCUAUCAGAGUUGCUCACAAAUAGAGUGGUCAGAGCAGCUUGCUCAGCCCCAGGACAGAAGCUGGAAGAAGAUUCAUCUUCUACAGGCCAGCUAUUUUCCUUCUCUCCCACACUGAAGGACAUAGUUGAAAGUGUUCAAGCCUAACUAUUUUUGUAUGUAAAUAUUACUGCUAUUCAUUAGCAAUGUAUUCCGCACAUUUCACUUAUCUGUGCACUGCACUACGGGGAAGCAAUUUUGGAGGGGGAAAAUUAAAUAAAAAGAAAUAAAAAAAAAGAUUAAAAAAACUAAAGGCCUGUCUGGUAGGGGAUUGCAACUCAGCGUAUAGCAGGAGAACAUCUAAUGAAGCUACUUGGAUAACCCCAUGCUGCUGCAUGUCAGCAUCAUGUUAACGUUGGCGAAUUGGUCUUGGGGUGGGCAGCAGCAUGUUCAGCCUUAAGGAACCACUCUAGUUGUAAUGCUUUUGGAAGCAUGUUGCUUCCCAGCUGUCCAGGAUGGGUCUUUGGACUCAUAUUUCUGUCUUUAGCAUAAAAUAAAAGCAGUACGUGCCUAAGAUCCCCUUCCAGUGAAGAGAUGCCAAAGUGCUUUAAUGAAUCAGGUCCAAAGACUUUCCCAGAGAACCCUACGAAGGCUUGAGAUCAAGCAACCUUAAAUCUUUCAGAGCAGAGACUGGUGGAGAUAUUAACUGCUCAACAAGUGCUUACAGUGAUUUAUAUUUGAAUAGGAAUUGUACAUUUAUUUAUUUUUCCAGACACCAUAUUUUUAAACCACUAAUAUUUUAUAUUAGAUUUUCCUUCCCCUAUUUAAAGAACUAUUUCCUUGGGAAAAAAAAAUAAUAAAGUUUUUAUGUUGAUAACAUUCUUUUUGCAAAAAAAAAUAAAAAAUGAAACAUCAGGUAGGAAAUGCAGCAUCUUCAGCCUUAAUACUUCCCUUCAUAGACUUGUAGCCAUAACUGUUAGACCAAAAAGAAGGAUUUACCCAUGCAUUUCCUCCCUGCCCCUCUCCUCUUCCCCAAAAUAGCUUUAACACCCAAUAUGCUGUACAAGGACUAUUACUCUUACCUUUUGGUAAGACUUUUGUAAGCAGUUCAGAUGUUCUUGCAAGAGACUUUUCUAUUUGCAGAUUCACAAGGAGCAUGUAAAUACUUUAGGACCAUUUAUCUCCCACUCACAGUGCCAUGACCCAACCGAGCAGGUUGAUGCUGUGACUUGCCUACAGCCGAAGAUAAUAACCCACAAUGGGCUGCAGAAGGAGAACCUAUUUCCCAAGGCAGCUCUCCAUUGAACCUUGCAAAUAUUGUAGAGCUCUCGUGUACUGUAUAGCAGCAUCUCUCGUGGGGACAGGAGUCUGAUUUACACUGGAAUUUAAUGAGGAAAACUGGAUUGUAGAGAUUAUUCUUGCAUUUUCCUACAAAUAUAUUUUGAAAGCAUCAUGUAUUUCUGUCAAUAAACAUUCGUAUGUAAAAGAUUGA